AUGGAAGUUUUUAUACGUUUAAAUGAUGAUAUAGAAAGAGAUUUUGCUUUCCAAGUUGAUAAAAAUGGUAAAUUCAAUGAUAAAAUAAUGCAUUUAUUUGACACCGAAAAUGGAAUUGGUUCCUUUAUGAAUUUAAAACCAAGCAUCUUUCACAAAAGCAAACCAGUUGGUUUUUAUAAAUCCAUACAUCCAGGUUACUUGACCGACAAUGGUUCUUUAUUAUUCCCUCUUGAUGCCGAUGAGAAGGAAUUUUUGGAGGAAUUAGACUUAGGCAAUGUUGAAAUUUGUAAACAACUUUGGCCACAUCAGCUAAUAGUUCCAAUUUGGGAAAAAAGUGGUUUGGCUAUUUUCAUAUACUGUGCUUUCUUUGCUUUUUGGUUAUAUACAGAUUUGCCCGACUUUAUUUCACCAACUCCAGGUAUUUGUUUGACUAAUCAAGUUAGUAGGUUAGUUAAAUAUAUUGUUGAAAGUUUUGGAUACAUUCAAUUGGCUAAGGUAUUGGAAAAUGAAAUUAAACCCAAUUCAGCAAAUAAGCUUGCACAGAUUAUAUUUUUCUCUUGUCACCUUUUCAAAGUUAUAUUUAUUUCCUUUUUUUUCUAUACAGGGUUCUUCAAUCCAAUUUCCUUCAAUCCAUUAGUUUUUAUCAACACCAGAAAAGGAGCACUUCAUAAAGAGAAGAUCAAAAAUAUUUUAACUGAAUAUGGUUGGAUCGGCGUUAGAAGAGCCACUUUUGAUGAAUAUUAUACUGAUUAUUAUAAAUAUGUUGUUGAAAAAGCUGGGGGUCAGGUAGAAGCUUACAAACAGGGUAUUUUAAAAUCUUUUAGUAAACCAGGUGUUCUUUUGGGUAAAGGCGAAGGUUUUCAAACCCCAAUUGAUAAAAGAUUUACCAUUGAUACCUUUGAGGCAAUGAAGAUAGAAAAGAAGUUUUACUUGAGUGAAAAGUACUUUUUGACUGUGGAAAAAAUUUUGAAAAAGGAUAUUGAUUCGUUGGGUGAAAAUAUGGGAGAAAUUGUUAAAUUAUUGAGAAACUUUAGAAGGUAUGGGUUAUUUAAUUCGAAUGACGAAAUAAAAGAAAUGGUUCAAAUUAGGAAAUCCAUUGAACCUGAUGAUGAAUCGGAAAGCAAACCUGAACAAGAAAAGAAGGAACAAUAA